AUGAGAUUUGGUAAGAAAGGGAAGCUUGCACCUCGAUAUAUUGGACCAUAUAAGAUCAUAGAGAAGAUUGGACCAGUGGCUUACAAGCUGGCAUUGCCUCCAGAACUAUCUCAAAUCCACAAUGUAUUUCAUGUGAGCAUGUUGAAAAGGUACAAAGUGGAUCCUUCCCAUGUUAUACAACCAGAAGAGAUCGAGUUGGGUUCAGAUUUAACUUUUGAAGAGGUUCCAGUUGAGAAUGUUGAUUACCAGAUUAAAACUCUUCGUAGGAAGGAAAUCCCAAUGUUGAAAGUGGUGUGGAGAAAUCAAGAUAGUGAGAGUGCUAUAUGGGAAACUGAAGCAAGUAUGUGA